CGAUUGACUACAACCACAAGAGUAAUAAAAAAGUGCUAGUCUUGAAUCUCGACGCGAGUGAUGCAAGAUGUUGGAUGCUGAUUUUAGCGUCCAAUGUUUAUAAUUUAUAAGUGCAAGUGUACUCAUUUACCGUUUUCGUUUACAAACUUGUCUUUUGCUUGAAAAUGUAAUUUUAAUUUCGUUUAAAUAUACAACGCACAAAAUGGACAUGAAAGUUGAUCGUGGGUGUAAGUGACUGGUGCAGUGUAGUUUUUUUGCAUCCAGCUUUCGUUCGAGCUUUAUUUUAUUUUAAUUCAGUGUCAUGACGCUGCAAAGCCGCCCCGACCAGUCUCACAAUUGUGAUAGACGUUCCUCUAGAUAAUUACGUCAAUUAACCAAAUUAUAUAUCUACCAAAGUUAGGAUAAGAUGUCACAACCUAUAUACAGUCAGGUCGCACCGAAACAGAUAAAGAAAAAACCUAAACCCCGGGAUUUUGAUCCCUUAAAUUACAAUCAUGGAGGAAAUGUUCAAAUUCUAAAUGCGUCGCAGGAGAGUAGACUGGAGAAGAUGGAGAAAAGGGAGGGUAGGAGAAAAGAAGAGACUAGGAGGAGAACGCAAAGGGAUCCUACCGAGGGAAAGGUGGAGGCCUAUUUACGUCAGAAUCAAGUCAGUAUACGACAACAACAGCAUCGGCAUUCCGCGGUGAGGCAGGCGGAACAUAGAGUUAACUUGAGAUCUCUACCUCUCAACGAAGUGACCACUCGUGGACACGAUCGAACGCCGACUGACAGACAUCGUGGCUUUAUUGAUAGGAGAGAGCGAGAUAGGGACAAGGAGAAAGAACGGGAUUUUGAUUUUGAUGGUGGUACACCGCUAAGCCCGAUAGCACCGCGGGCGGAAAAGGAUUCUAGUCGUCCCUUUCGCAAGUCCUCUUCAUCGCAGCGUGUGAGCGAGACGUCUAUAUCAACAGACAAAAGACGUUUCUUCUGUAGAGAGUGGGUUUUUCAAAAGAUAGCGUAUUGCCUGGAACAAAGGGCAGUUAGUAAGACAUGUGGAGCGUUGAUUCUAGGUGACGCCGGAAGCGGAAAGACGGCGAUAUGUCAAGAGUUAAGUCAACCAGGUCCAGGGCCGCAGGCGAGGCAACAACGCGCAUUGAAUAGAAGACUUUUGGCUAGACAUUUCUUACAGGCACCCGGUGAAGAAAUACAGCGCCCUGGCGAAUUUGUUCGUUCACUUGCGAUGCAAAUACUCAGUCAUUCGUCACACGCGAAACAAUCCGAUAGAGAUCAGUCGCCUAAAGAUGAUCAGCGUAUGUUGAAUAACAGGCAUAAUUCAGAAGAAAAUUUAAUACAAAGAUUUCGAGAGAUGGGCGAAGACACGGAGGAUAGUUCUAAACCACUUUUGGGGGAUAGUGAAGAUCGCACUGACGAUGAUGACGUGGGCAGCAGUAGGAGAAAUAAGACCAUAGAUAGACUGCACGAGCAAGACUCUUAUAUGGAUUGUAUGGCGGAUGGAAAUGAUGUACCAGAAGUUUUACCGAAAUCAAACAUAAAACCAACGAACCCCUUCCACGACGACGACUUUCGACUCUACGCGAACCACGAAAACGUGUUUUUAAGAAAUAUAUCGCAGAGACAGUCAAAGGAGUCAAGAAAUUCUCGCCUCUUACGCCAAAGUUCCGAGCCGUUGAACGAGAAGAAACCAACUCUGCUUCAAAAGAGCCUGUCUACGGACACCGAAGAGAAGAAACCGGAUUCACCACCGAAAUCGAGAAUACCGGUCGCGAAUUUCCGUUAUCCGAAUAAAACGGAUCUGAAACCGGAGUCGCCGAAGAAGACGGAGGAAUUGCCGGAGUAUACCAAUAUAGUUCACCCCGUUAAGGAUGAUCCGCAGACGGAUUUGGAGAAGUUGUUAGAGAAAAAGCGUUCACAAGCAGAAGAAGCUCCCCCCCCAAUUCCCACGCUACCAAUAAGUCCACGGACAUUAAUAUCGAACGCCUAUUACGACAAACUGUUGUCGGACUGUGAGAUACAACAGGCGUUGUUGCCUCAGAAUUUAGAGAAAAAUCCCGAUGAGUGCUUCAAAAAGGCUAUACUAUUUCCGUUGCUGGAAAUUGACCCUCCGAAACAGUGUUUGUUUUUGCUGGUGGACGGUAUCGAUGAAGGGGGUAAUGGAAAAUCGGAGAAUGAAUGUAGCGUGGGGGCAUUAUUAUCGCGACACCAACACUUGUUGCCACAUUGGCUUUUAUUGGUCGCCACUGCGAGACGACACUCACGGCAUCUCACUAAGAUGUUCACAGGUUUUCGCAAGAUAACUUUAGAUGAACUUCAGCGUGCACACGUCUCCGCUGACGUACAACGGUACGUGCUCGCGCGACUGGACAGCGAACCAAGAUUACGAAGCCGCGUGUCAAGUGAUUCAACAGCAGCUGCUGCGGCAGCGGCGGCUCUAGACCACCUCAGGAUCAAGAGCGACGGUUGCCUAUUGUACUUGGAGAAGGUACUAGAUGGCGUUGCUGACGGUUUCAUAGCUUUGCGCGAAAUAAGGGAAAUUCCUGGAACUCUAAAUGGAUUGUAUCUGUGGCUGGCGCAGAGAUUGUUUCACGGUCGGAGGUUUACUAAGGUACGAAUGCUUCUCGACGUGCUGUUAGCGGCACGUUGCGGUGUAACGGAAGAGAUGUUAUACAAAUGCCUUCUUACAAAGGAGUACAGUGUCACAAGAGAGGACUUCAAUCGAAGGCUGCAUCUCUUGCGACGAAUCCUGGUAAUGGAGCGUGCAACGGGCUAUCUAUCAAUAUUUCAUCAUUCUUUCGCGUCAUGGCUGUUGGAUGUAAAGCAUUGCACGCGACGUUACUUGUGCUGCGUUGCGGACGGACACGCGGCGGUCGCUAUGUAUUAUACGCUACUUGCUAAAAGACUGACCGCUCUUGAAAUUCACAAUUAUGUUUAUCACAUGACCUACCUCGAACAACAUUUAUCAUCACAGAAGAAAAAUAAGAACAACGAAGAUGAUGUACUAAACCUUCACACACUAAUAUUGCUGUGGAUUCUGGACUCUGGCUGUGAUGUGGAACUGGCUUUGAAGAGAGAGACAGAUCUAGUCCGAGAGAUGGAGACGGAUGUGCAGAAUGACUCGAAGGCAGAAGAUAAAGAUUUAGAUCCAGAAUCUGAGAGCAAGGAAUCCGUGUCGAUGGAACCGUCCACCCUAGAAAGCAUAAUGCCUGAGCUGGUGAAUGGAGAGAUGACGACUCCAUGGCCGAGGGACAGAAGAGUUCUACGCGCUUUGUUGGAACUGAGCCGGGCAGACUCAGUACCCACAGAACCAGAAGUGGAUGAAUUAAAUGAUUUGAUGUCAACAGACCAAGUAGAAAGUGAGGACGUAAAUGACGCAACGGGUGAUGAGCAAGAUGAAACAUUGCUACUAGACCCCAGUACAGUACACGAGUUGGCUACUAAGGGUGAUGAUGAAACGCUGUCUGCGCUUUUAAAGAAAUGCCCACAACUAGCAGACACGCGCGAUAGUUCGGGAAGUACAGCUUUGCACUCGGCCGCGCGUAAUGGCCGAGCCGCUUGUGCUGCCCUGCUACUGCAAGCUGGAGCCUCUCCAUCCGCUGCUGAUGCAGAUGGCUGGAGUGUGCUAAGAGCUGCUGCUUGGGCGGGACAUAGCGAGGUGGUCGAUGUUUUGUUAGAACACGGAUGUGAUGUGGAUUGUGUGGAUGCUGAUAAUAGAACUGCUCUGCGUGCUGCAGCAUGGUCAGGUCACGAAGCGGUAGUUGCUCGCCUUUUAGUCGGCGGUGCGGCACCGGAUAGAGCGGAUGCGUCCGGUCGAACAGCGCUUAUGGCUGCAGCAUAUAUGGGACAUGCAGAUAUAGUAAAAAUGCUGUUGGAUGCUGGUGCCGAUCCAAAUAGACCUGAUGAGGAUGGUAGAACAUCUCUAGCGGUAGCGGCAUUGUGUGGUACAGGGGCUUCUUCCGCAGCAUUGCUGAUAGAACGCGGCGCAGACGUCAAUACGCCCGAUAGAGAUAAGGCCACGCCCCUAUUGGUCGCUGCUUUUGAGGGACACACUGAAAUCUGCGAAGUCCUUCUCGAAGCGGAAUCGGAUAUAGAAGCCACAGACUGUGCGGGCCGCACUGCGUUAUGGGCAGCUGCCUCAGCGGGACAUGCGGACACUGUACGGCUUUUGCUGUUCUGGGGUGCCUGUGUUGAUAAUAUGGAUAACGAGGGAAGGACAGUUCUGAGUACAGCCGCUGCACAGGGUAACGUGGAAGUAGUCCGUCAGUUGCUAGACAGAGGUUUGGAUGAACAUCACAGAGAUAAUUCUGGGUGGACACCUCUUCACUAUGCUGCUUUUGAAGGUCAUAUAGAAGUCUGCGAAGCCCUACUAGAAGCUGGCGCAAAAGUGGACGAAGCAGAUAACGAAGGCAAGGGUCCUCUACUUCUGGCUGCGCAAGAAGGCCACUUAGACCUGGUGAAGCUGCUAAUAGACAAGGGUGGGGCACCAGUAGACCAAAGAGCUCACGAUGGAAAAACUGCGCUCAGACUAGCAGCUCUCGAAGGCCAAUUCGAGGCAGUCUCGUGCCUUCUUUCGCGUGGGGCGGACGUGGACGCUGUUGAUGCGGAUAGACGUAGUACGUUGUACGUACUCGCUUUGGAUAACCGAUUGGCCAUGGCGCGACAAUUAUUGGCCGCUGGGGCUAGCGUUCAUUGCAGUGAUACAGAGGGUCGCACACCAUUACACGUAUCCGCAUGGCAGGGGCACACAGAGAUGGUUAAUCUGCUCGUCAAAGUUGGUGGCGCUGAAGUAGACGGCCGCGAUCGUUGUGCCAGAACAGCUUUGCACGCAGCCGCUUGGAGAGGACGCACGGCCGCGUUACGUGCAUUGCUCAAGCAUGGAGCUUCACCCGCAGCUGUAUGUACUCAGGGCGCUACGCCCCUCGGUAUUGCAGCUCAAGAAGGCCACGAAGAGUGUGUGUUGUGGUUAUUACAACAUGGCGCCGAUCCGUUGCAAGCCGAUCACUGCGGUCGUACACCCGCCAAAGUAGCGUGGCGCGCGGGCCACGGCAAUAUUUGCCGUCUUCUCGAAAAAUGGACUGCGCCCUCUGCGCCUGCGCAAAUACAUGACGACGAUUUAUUAGCACCGUUGAGAACCGCAUCUCCAGACUACAAACGUCGCAGCGUACAUAGCUCCAACUCAACCAAGUCUUCAUCGAAUCUCACUGGAGGAUCGAACAGGUCUCACGAACAUGAAGAUACUGUGGAGAAGAGCCGAACAAACUCUUCUCUAACUUUCGCUCAACAAGUGGCGCGAUGCGGUUGGGGAAGGCGUGACUUGGACAGAGAUGAACCCAUACCAGAACAUCACGUCGUCGAAAACGAUCCCAAGUUGAGGAGCUACCAAGCCAACGAGCGUGACGUGACUCUUCGUGGGGGCGUGUCACGAUCUCGCGGUCGGGAGAUGCGUCACGGUGAUACUUCGCCGUUAUACGCUUCGCCGCCUCAUUCGCCACAGAGGGAUAGAGAUGAUAGUUCCCAACCGCCAAGUCUGACGUCACAGCCUCUAGUGACAGAUACGCACUUCAACAGGGACACGCAUAUGCGAAUUAUUUUGGGACGAGAAAGCAAACCCGAUAGGAAUGAGAGCGUGGUGUUUUUGGCGUCGAGGCUUGCGUACAACAAGUUUGUAGGCGGACUCGGGAAAGCGAGAGGGAAGAUAUUUAAGAAAACCAAGAACAAAAGGAAUGGAAUAGUAACUAAUCCGGCAAUGAGAUUGGUAGCCAAUGUGAGAAACGGUUUAGAUAAUGCAGCGGCGAAUAUUCGUCGAACUGGUGUGGCGAUAGCUGCAAGCGCCAGUUCAUCAAACCCAGCUGUUAAAAGCAACGCUUUUCAAUGGAGAAAGGAAACGCCGCUCUAGAUACGAAUUUCGUUACAAAUAUUUGUUCAAAUGUGUAUUGUUUACGAUAUAUUAAUCGGAUUUCUGAUUAUUCCGUUAGAUAUCAUCACUAAUUUUCUGCUUUCAUAUAAUCUAUAAAAACAAAAAUACUUAAAACAAAAUGUAGGGUCGAUACAGAUUGAAGAAAAUCCACUGUCAAUAGUGAGAAAUGUCUAAUAUUUAAGACCAAUUAAUAAAUAUCAUUCCCUGCAAACAAAUAUUUUAGAAUUACCAAUGUUCGCCUAGUGGUUAGACACGUACUAUUAUUUUAAAAAAAAUAUUAAGAAAAAUACAGAAAUCUAAAGCCAAGAAUUGUAUCGCAAAUGGUUUUAUUUCCUUAAUUUUACUGGACUGCAAACUGGUCAUACAAAAGAAGUAAUUUCUUAAAUUAAAAUCAAUAAGCACAUAAUUAUUAUUCAGGUACCUCAUAGUUUAAAAUAAGCGACCGUAAACAAAAAAUAUGCUUACUCUAAAAUAGUAUUAAGCGCAUAAGUUAGAGUGAGACAGCCUGAUUGCUUUAAAUAUUCAUGCACAGUUAUAAGACGUGUAUUAAAACGCAUUUAUAUAAAAAACUGAAAUGUUUAGAUUAAACCUUUCAAAAUAUUAAUUAGGAAUACAAACACUGAAAUUAAUAAAAAAUCUUCAUUCUAAAAACCCUAUUUCCUUUUCUCACUAUAUUUUCACAUCUUUUCCUUUCUACCUUACUUAAAGUAUUUCACCGUUCAUCCCAUUUUAUGGUCCUUCGAACCGGAAUAUAUUUUUGUAUCAAGAUUCUAACUUAGGACCUCCUAUCAAAUGCUUACUAAUAUCAAAACUCAUUAAAUGUUAAAGAGUUUGUAUAAUUUAAAUGUAAGACGUGUAUGUAUGUACCUGUCUAUCGCCACAAAAGUUGA